AUGCCGAUUGCUACUGGUCAUGAGAAAGAAGAGCUUGAAGCUGAAUUGGAGGGGAGGAGACUGCUUGACAUUGACUUCCCCGAAGGUCCGUUUGGAACUAAGGAAGCUCCUGCUAUUGUGAAGUCCUACUAUGACAAGCGGAUUGUGGGAUGCCCUGGUGGCGAAGGCGAGGAUGAACACGACGUUGUGUGGUUCUGGCUGGAGAAAGGAAAAUCUUUUGAAUGCCCCGUUUGCACUCAGUACUUUGAGCUGGAAGUGGUUGGUCCUGGUGGGCCUCCGGAUGGUCACGGUGAUGAAGACGACCACCACUGA